AUGGGAUCGAGCUCCAAGUCGCGGGGGUGGGUCAACGUGUCGGUGCAGACGUACCAGUCGCAGCGCAACAGCUCCAGCCGGAUUUUGCAGCAGGAUUACACAGUGGAUGAGUCUGGCGCGACGCUGAACGCGCUCGCGCGAAACAGCGAGGGGCCAGAGGCGGAGGAGGCGAGGGAGGCGCGCGCGCGCCGGCGCACACCUCAUCGCGCCCCACCCGCGCGCGGCGCACGCGGCGCCCCCUUCCGAGAGCCCCUGCGCUCCCCCUGCCUCCAGCUCUCCGGCCGGCGAGCGUUUAUCCGCUUCGACCGCGAGGACAACGUCUUCUGCACGCCCGGCUUCCCGUGCUCGCGCGGCGACGUCUUUCUCAAAGUCGGGAUGCGCGGCGCGCGGCUGAUCCCGUGGCGGCUGCAGGAGGGAGAUAUCUUCCGGCUGGGGCAGGCGUACGUGCUCGUGUCGAAGAUCCGGCUGGAGGACGACGCCGCGACGCAGAUGCAGCUGGUGCAGGACGCCGCGCUGCCCGAGUGCGUCAUCGACGAGGACGAGCGCGACACGGACGUGGAGGAGGAGGAGGGCGACGGCGACCUGCAGCGGCCGCAGUGCUACAUCUGUUACGAGUCGGGGUGCCACGGCAACCCGCUGCUCAACCUGUGCCAGUGCACCGGCACCGUAAAGUACGUGCACCUGCAGUGCCUGCAGCGCUGGAUGCAGCCCGAGGGGUCGAGCGCUGUCAACACGCACUGCCCGAUUUGCAAGGCAAAGUACCCAGAGUCGGCGCAGGCGAUGAUGAUCCACUCGCCGGCGAUCAUGCUCGAGUCGUGGUCCAACCACCGCACGCUCAAGCUGCGCCACUGGAUCUCCUUCAACCGCCACUCCACCGCCUCGCUCGGCCGCUUCUCGGAGCACAACGACGUCUCGAUCCCGGACCACUCGGUCUCUGGCGCGCGCAGACCCGCCCCGCGAGCACGCCUUCAUCAUCCACCAGAACGGCCAGUUCUGGCUGCACGACCGCGAGUCCUCCAACGGCACCUUCAUCCGGCUGCGCGCUCCCCUCAAGCUCGCCUUUGGCGAAUGAAGAUGGGCAAGUCGCUCCUCUCGCUCCACGCCAAGCGCACGCGCUGGUCGCGGCUGCGGAUGCGGCUGCAGUCGCUGCGGCUGGGCGGCGACGCGCGGCACGAGUCGACCGACUCGGAGCGGACCGAGCGCGACCGCGUCACCGAGGCGGCGGAGCGCGCCUCGCUCGCCUCGCAGGGCGGCUCGAGCGGCCGUUUGUCCGACGGGGUCACGCCCGCGGCCGGGCGGCCCCGCUCGCGCGUGAUGACGAUGACGAUCGACGACUGACGCCGACUUAUUGAGGGCUCGCGCCCGUGCGCGCAAAUGCCCCCCCCCCCCUCCCCCUCCCCCCCUCCGUGCAGCACGGCGGCUCGCCGUGGAGGGGUGUGGAAGCGCGCGCGCUCCGCCAGGCGCGCAACCUCUAGAAGGGGGGCAGGCUCCUCGCACCCAGAGUCACCCCCGCCCCGCCCCCCGCGCGCAUGUCUUCCCCUUUACGUGUGAGGUCUCUGUGAAGUUAUUGGUCUGAGUGUGUGUGAUAAGGACGCUGCUCGCUGGACGACUUACAUGUUACAACGCGCGAAUUC